AUGGACAUUAGCAGCGGCAGCAUAAACAAUAACAACAACCACAAUAACUAUGUGAACAACGAUAAUGAUGACGAAGAUGAUGAUGAGAGUAAUCAAACAUUUUAUGAAGCUGCCGGUGAACCGGAACUAGUAUUGACAUUUGAAAAAUCAUUGAAAACAACAAAUGACGUCACAUCAAAUUUGCCACCGCCACCAUUCUCUCUGUAUGAUAUUAAUAAUGCAGAUACAAUUACCAAUGUGCAGAAACACCAACUGCAUUUGGAUCAGAAUUUUCUUAGUGUUCAAAUGGAUAAAAGUGCUGCUGCCGCUGCUGCUGCUGUUGACGGCAUCGAUGAUUUGGAUGAAGAAUGUGAGGGUGCAGUUGGCAUAGUUUCGACUAUAAAGGAAGCCCUUAAGGAUGAAAACGAAAAGGAUCUGAACCUUUUGUAUACAACACAAGACAAUUUUAUUCAAGUCGAGGAGGAGCCGCCGGUGGUGAUGAGGAGAAAGCGAGAUAAAUCUCUCAAAGACUUCAACCACAUCAAUAAAACAAGUUACACCAGUACUGAAGAGGAUCCAGCCCAAAAACAAAGACAACAAACUCUUCUCUCUACAAAAUCCUGUGAAACACCAGCGUCUACCACCACGCUCUCACCCACAAAUUCAUACAAUGGAAGUAUUGGCAGUGAUGGUGGCGGAAGUGUGGGUGGUGGAGCUCGUCGCAAAUCAUGGACACUGUCGCCACAAAGUGGUACCACAACACCCUUAGGUGGUGCCAAAAAGAAAGAAAAGCGUUCUAGCGUCAAGUCACCGGCUUCCUCUACGCCAACAGCGUCAACAGCAACUGAUUCCUUUAACUUAUGGAUAGCACGGGAAUGUUACGAAACAGUACCGGCCGAAACGGUAUUCGAAGUAGACGACAAUAGUCAGAGUUUAGUGAGGCCAGCUAGUUUUACCAUAGAUGAAGAGGCCGAUGAAGAAGCGGCAGCAGUGGAAAGUUUAUUGGGUGCUGCAGCUGCUUUACAUGCUUCGGCUAGUGCCAAUAAAGAGGCACAGAUACACAGAAGACAAAAACAUUUGAGACAGCCACAGCAUCGCCCCCUGGAAAGAUCCUGGCCGCCCAGGGCUUUGGGUAGAGAUUUUCGUUUACAAGGCGAAGUAUUUAAAUUUGACAUUUUGGAUACGGAUGAUUCUUUGGAAGCUGGCUAUGGUUCAUCAAAUGGCUUUGGCAGUAAUUCGAAUAGCUGUAACAAUUCUCCCUUGUUUCAAUUAACCAGCGGCAAUUCAUCUUCAAAUUCCAGUCCUCAAUAUGAGUUGAAUAAUGCCUCACCUUCUUCGCCGGCCAUGAAAUUUAAACCUUUAAUUAAAAAGAAAAUCGGGCCGGAUAGUUAUAUUAACACUAUAACCACAAAAAAAGUGCCAGCUACGGAAACGUAUGAAUUCCCAGCAUUCCCUACUAAAGAGACGACUUCCAUGAAUCAGUUUCCACAAACUCCGCCAAAUACUUCUUCCUCAGUUUCGUUGAGGCAACACAGGCCUUUAACUAGAACCUUAUCGAAUGGCAAGGCGGGUUACGAAGAGCGUCAAUCACAGUCGCCCAGUCGUCUAAUGUUGUCACCUAAGCGGCAUCGUAGCCCACCAUCCGGUUGCUCUACACGUAGUGCUUCACCUUUGGAUUUUCAAUUAUCACCAGAAGCGCAGGUGUUGAACAAUUCGCAACAGGUGUGCUCUAGCUCUACAUCAAAUGCUAUAGCACCAGCCGCACCUUUACUACACAAUCGGCCACAACAGCGUUUACUUAAACGUGUUGGAGGUGUGGGCGCUGGCGCUGCUGCAGCAAAUCUAAUAUGCCCCCCAACACCAACCCACCAUGCACGACGCCAUGCACGCAUGCAGGCUGCAGCUGCUAACAUGGCCAUUAACAGUAACCUAGAUGAUACUUAUAUUGGCACUAGUCCAAGGGGUAAUGGUGGUGGAGCUGAGGCUAUGGGUGGUGCUGUUCAUACUAGUCAUUUAGAUUAUAAUUAUUUAUCUUCACGAACACCACCUUCCUCGCCGGCCUUCCAUGGUUCCAGCAUGCGUGCCGAGGAACGUGUACGUACUGCUGAUAUUGUGCACUUGCCAGGAAACUCCGCCGCUGUGCCCUCCAAUAUAGAUGUAGAUGUUGAAAAUGACGAUGAGGAUGAUACUGCUACUGAUGAUAUGGGUGUUGUGCACUUAACAAGCACUCGAUUGCCGUCUAUACCCGAAAGAGGAGCGGCUGGUGGUCUUUUACGCACCAGCGCUAUUUUUUCAGCCGAAGCAGAUCCUGCAAAUGUACAAGUUUCCGCUGAGCCCUUGCCGCCAGCCUGGGAGGCCAGAAUGGAUAGUCAUGGGCGUAUUUUUUAUAUUGAUCAUACUACCCGAACUACUUCUUGGCAAAGACCAGGCUCUAAUGGUUCUUCUUCUCUCAAUGGUCCAGGGGGCAGAGAACAACAUCAUCGCCAACAACUAGACCGCAGAUAUCAAUCUAUUCGUCGUACUAUAACCAAUGAAAAUCGUUCCAAUGCUAUUGCUGCCGCUGCUAAUAAUACCGCUACCACUACCGUAAAUGACCCGUCAACUCAACAGACCUCGCAAUCUUUAACACUCCACCACCACAACAAUAACCAAUCUACUGCACAGUCCGCUUUUAACUUUCAACAUGUCAAUCUCUCGGUACACCCAGCUGUUCUAAUGUUAUGCCGUCCGGAUUUUUACUCCAUGCUUCAUACCAACGAAGAUGCAUUAGCAAUUUAUAAUCGUAAUGCUGCCUUAAAACAUAUGGUUAUACGUAUACGACGUGAUCCCUCAUGUUUUCAACGCUAUCAAUACAACAAAGAUUUAGUUGCGCUGGUCAACUCGUUUGCCCAACUCAAUCGUGAUUUACCCUCGUGUUGGGAGACCAAACUCGAUCAGUCGGGUAAACAAUUUUUCAUAGAUCACAAUAAUCGCCAGACAUCGUUUAUGGAUCCACGCUUGCCCAUAGAGUGUCCACGCAUUAUACGACAUCAUCAUCAACAGCAACAAUAUGAUUCAAUUGAUGGUAAUUGUAUGUCAUCGGGUAAUCCUCCCUUACCACCACCACGUCCUAUAUCGACCACAUCGACCUCAUCCUCAGCAGCCUCGACAAAUCGUCACAGUCAAUUUAUGCAAAAUGAUAAUAUGCCACAUUAUACAACAUCAUCAUCAGCAACGUCGUCAUCGUCAGCAUACAAUAACGGUCCUAGUUCUUCAAGUGUUUUAGCUAAUAACGGUUAUAAUGAUGUUCCUGUUGCCUACAAUGAAAAGGUUAUUGCAUUUUUAAGACAACCCAAUAUUAUAGAGAUUUUACGUGAACGUCAAGGUCAAAAUAAUGUUUCCCGAUCUUUAAGAGAAAAAAUUAAUAUUUUACGUGUUGAAGGGGUGCCAGCUUUGGAAAGAUUGGCGCACGAUUUACAAUUAACAAUGUUAUUAAGAAGAUCUCACUAA